AUGGGAUGGUUUUGGGCAUCUCCAGCACCUGCUGUGAAGCAGCCUGAAAUUCACACUACGUCACCUAACGAUUCGGGCAUUUCUCGGUGUCCAGUUCAGCAUGGCCAGUCGCCAAUUACCCAAUCCACACCGGAGGGCUCAUGUCCAGUUCGAUCAAAAGAUUCACCCUUCUUCGUCCCACCCUCGAACUCCGCGAAACCAAAAAAUCCGUCUCCACCCACCGAACCUGAACAGAAAUCUGUUCUAUCAAUGCUAAACCCGUUGAACUACAUGUUUGCCGACAUAUCUCAGUCUCGAGCCCCGAAUCAAUCUGUCGACUUACCCGUGGAUCGAGAACCCUCGUCCAUCCCAAGAGGUGACAACUCCGGUGCGAAAUGGGAAUAUCCUUCUCCGCAGCAGAUGUAUAACGCGAUGCUUCGAAAGGGAUACACAGAUACACCACAAGACGCAGUUGAGUCGAUGGUAUCUGUACACAACUUCCUUAAUGAAGGAGCAUGGCAGGAGAUUGUGGAUUGGGAGCGCACCUUUUCCCAGGGACUAGGACGAGGCUGGGAAAGAUGUAGGCGUGGAUCGGAAAAUCUUGCCAUGGAUCUGGAAAGAGAGAGGAUGCGCUCUGGCGGGGAAUCUUCGAGCGACGACGAGCCGCGUUUGGCCAGGUUUAUGGGCAGGCCUCAGGAGUUGACCCCUAAAGCGCAGAUACUCCAGAUGUUGGGUUGGGUAUAUCCCUCGAAGUUCGGAACCGCUCCUCCUUUCGAUAGACACGAUUGGUAUGUCUUGCGUAAGACUCCAAGCGGCGACAAGGAAAUUCGAUAUGUAAUCGAUUAUUAUUCUGGACCUCCGGAGCCUACUGGCGAACCUGUGUUCUUCCUUGACAUUCGCCCUGCAGUCGAUACCCCUACAGCUGCUGCCGAGCGGCUCUUGAAAUGGGGAGGAGAUUUGUGGUGGCGAGCCAGUGGUGGAGCUGCCAGGGACAAAUAA